CAAUCCACGGAAAGAGCCAAAGAUGUCGGCUCGGUCAUGUGAUCAGCUGUGUCCAAUCACAGCUGAUCACUGAUCAUCAGUGCCUGAUGAUCAGUGUAGUCCCUGAUGAUCCUGUGUAGUCCCAUCAGUGCCACCUGUCAGUGUCUCAUCAGUGCCACUGUCCAGUGCUCAUCAAUGCCACAUACCAGUGCCACAUCACAUCAAUGCCACAUAUCAGUGCCUACCAGUGCACAUCAAUGCCACAUAUCAGUGCCCACUUGAGCUGCCUUUCAGUGUCACCCAUCAGUGCCACCUAUCAAUGCCAAUCAGUGCCGCCUAUCAG